UGUGUGUUUCACCGGUUCAUGCCUGCAAAACAAAGUCCAUACCCCAAAAAAAAGUGAAAGUCCAAAACCCAAAGUUGGACUAGGAAAAUGGUUUGCUUAUCCAAACCUGAUGCUGAUACAACCCCUAGGUCAGAAGAAAAGCAGCUAUUAAUUGAUGUCGGGCUAGGUGAGAAAACGGUAUUUAUACCAGAUUUCAAUAUAAGUCUGGAGCAGUUCUGUCAAGUACUAUAUACCUACUUCCCUAAGCUUCAAGACGCUGGAGGUUUUGAGUUGCUAACAUGUAUUGGAAGUGAGAGGAAGUUGGUUACCAUAAGAGGGAAGUAUACUCCACAAAACAUAAAGGACAGGCUGGGCCAAGGCCAUAUUUAUAUACGGCCUAUACAAAACAGCUUAAAUUUGGACCCAGUGCAUUGGUGUAGACGUGGACUCAGGGCUAAUGCAAAAGUUUUCAAAGUGUCAAAAAGAAUUCCCAUUCAAUAUCUUGAAGAAACACAUUGAAAGCUGUAGCAGGUGAGCUUUUAGUUCAUUGUUAUAACUGUUGAUAAUAUUUAAAGGUGAUUUUAAAGUCAGCUACUUCAAUUUAAUGUAAAGAAACAUUACAGCCUUUCAAUGAUGAGUGGAUUCAUAGGCAUUAUUUCACUUUUUAAUUAGUUGGAAUUUAUAUUUUUCUAGACUGUACAAUUGUUUUUCACAACAUUAUCUCCACUAAAAUUGAUUUACAGCUGGUGGUUUCAUGCAUCAGC